CAGUCUCAUACAAGAGUAACUCUUCAUCUACUGGUUAGCAACUAGAAACGUUGCCACUAUCCUUCGCAUCACGUUUGUUUUUGGCAAUAUCUGUAGUUUUAUACAUGACUCCACCAAUCUAAUCUGUUCAAAUUCACAGUAUUUAUUUCUAUGAAUUUCCCAUAUCCAAAUCUAAAUCCAAACAUACAUUUUAAUAAUUAUAAUGUUUUCCAAACUUGCUUUCACUCAUCAACCAAUCUGUUUCAAGUAUUUUAGCAACACUAAAACAUGUCCUGCAAGACCUUCCGGCUUUCUCUGCAAAAUGGAAAUUAAGUCAAGAACUCCAUUAAUAGAAGUGGAAGAGGAAGAUCUAAGAAAGGAAGGAGAAGCAAAUUGUAUAGAUGGAGUUCCAAAAACACAUACAUUAAAGAGAGCAGAACUUGAGUUUACAAAAUUGCAGCAAUUAGGUUUAGAGAUCAAUCAUGAUACCACAUGCUACUAUUUUGGAGAUUUUGUGGCUCGUCAACCUUUCGUCGAUGAAGAAUAUUGGACAGCAGCCUGGCUUCGUGCGGAAAGUCAUUGGGAAGAUCUACCCAAUCAAAGAUAUGCUGAUAGCUACAAAAGGCAAUUUGCGGAAAAGGAGUACAACGCUUUAAAACGGAGAUGCAAAGGAAACCAUGAGCAGCAGUCUACAUGCAUCAUCACGGUAAAAAAGGAAGUGAAGAAUGUUAAACAUACCAUACUGAAAAGUGUGGUAGGAACCUUAGAUUUGAAUGUACGGUAUUUAUUGCAAGGUGAAUCCUUCCCUGGGGAAAGAGUGGAGGCACCUCUGUUCUGCAGCAUUGACAGAAAGGGAACAAGCAAAUAUGGCUAUAUUGCUAACUUAUGUGUAGCAAAAUCAGCCCGCCGCAAAGGGAUUGCCAUCAAUAUGUUGAAGUAUGCUAUUGAAUCUGCAAAAUCUAAGGGUGCUGAGAUGGUAUUUGUUCAUGUUUAUAGGAAGAACAUACCAGCCCAAAAGCUGUAUGAAAAAUUGGGAUUUAAGGUAGUAGAAGUAGCAAGUCUACAAUUAGUGGAAGAGGGAAUGUACCUGCUAUGUUGCAAGACAUAGAACAUAAUUUGGCAAAAUGAAGUCUUCUUGUUAUUGUAGACUUGGAGUACAUUAUAUUCUCAAAUUAAAUAUUUAUACAUCAUUACAAAUCAUUUAUACAAGCAAGUGUACAUUCUUAAUUAUAUUCUUUAUUUAUAUUCAUAUUUUUAGUGAAUAAGUUUAAAUAAAAAGAUGUCAAGUUUUUUAAUCUUUAAAGAUUAUUUAUAUGUAAGAUAUUAAUUGUUUCUUUAAUGGCAAUGAAGAGGCCUUGUAUUUUGGUG